AUGGCAUGCGGUAUCCGGCUGGCAGACCUCGAUCAAGCCCAGAAUAUCGUCACGCUGGGCCAUGAUGCUGUGCUCGAGGGGCCACCUGCCUUGGAUCGACUUCUUCCAAACUGCCCCCACCUCUCCGACGUAUGCUCACCGACCGACCCGGCGUUUUAUCAUUACAAGGAGGCUAUGGAUAAGCACAAGAAGAGCGCCAGCAGCAGCGCGGUGUGCGUCUUGCGCAGGCCGCGGCCGCGGCGAGUAACACUCGAGAGGGUGGUGUUGAAAGUGCAGAGGAUCGAUGCUGGUGAAGUCAAGCUCAAGGGGUCGGCGGUACCCAGUGUAGUCGGAAGUGCUGGCCCUUCUACUUCAGUCUACCUUUUGUAA